UGUAAACGACCUCAGAGCUGAGAUCAGCUGAUGAUGAUGUCAUGUUCCGUGAGCGUGACAUCAUCACGUCUGUGUCCUAUCAGAGUCCAGGUGAUCUCCGUGACUCCGCCCCCUCCAGUCAGCUGAUGGCGGCUCGGGCCGUGUCGUUACCAUGGAGACGCUGCUUCCACCUGACGCUGCUGCUGGUCCUGAUGAGGUCACCUGACACAGUUUCUUCUUGUCGGAUCCUGAAGUGUAACUCUGACUUUGUGGCGGCGACGUUGGACCUCGGCAGCAGCGGAGCAGCAGCAGAAGGAGGAGCAGGAGGAGGAGGAGCAGGAGGAGGAGGAGCAGCAGGAGGAGCAGUAGGAGGAGGAGCUCUGAGCAGGGAGGCGAUGAACGCCGGUUACUGCAGUGCGCUGCGGUCGUACGCCAUGUGUACGAAGCGGAUGGCGCGGGCGUGCCGCGGCGACCUGGCGUACCACUCGGCGGUGCAGGGCAUCGAGGACCUGCUGCUGCAGCACCGCUGCCCGCGGGCCGGGCCGACCGCCGGGCCGCGCCCGCUGCCGCAGGGCACGCUGACGGGCGACGCCUGCCUGUACGAGCGCAGCCUCGCCAGGGAGGGCCGCGCCCCCGAGUACCUGCACUGCGGCGUGUUCGGCGACCCGCACGUCCGAACCUUCAGCGACGACUUCCAGACGUGUGACGUGAGGGGGGCGUGGCCUCUCGUGGACAACGAGUACCUGUACAUACAGGCCACCAGCUCGCCGGUCAGGGGGGCGGAGCACGCCACCGCGCUCACCAAGAUCACGGUGAUCUUUAAGAACUGGCGUCAGUGCAUCGACCAGCAGCUCUACCAGGCCGAGCUCGACAACGUCCCCGCCGCCUUCGCCGACGGCUCCGUGUCGAGCGGCGAGCGGCGCGGCCACCACAGCCUGACGGUGCGCACGCUGAGCGCCGGGCGCCACGCCGAGAUCCGCGCCGCGCACAUCGGCACGCUGCUGGUGGUGCGGCAGAGCGGGCGCUCCCUCGGCGUGUCGCUGCGCUCGCCGCGCGGCAUCGUGGAGGCGUUCGGCCCCGAGCACGACCUGCAGCUGUGUGUGUGGGGCUGCCCCGCCUCCCAGAGACUCAACAGGCUCCGCCCCCUGCCGCCGGACGCCCCGCCCUCUGCAGCGGCGGCGGCCCGGGCGCACUGCGGCGCGCUGCUUCCUGCCAGAGACGUUUACUACCAGGCCUGCGUGUUCGACCUGAUCUCUAGCGGAGACCUGAACUCCAGCGCCGCCGCCGUCAGCGCGCUGCAGGACGCCGCCCACAUGAUGGCCGACACGCAGGCGGUUCACCUGCUGCCUGCCGCCGCCGCCGCACCGCGCCGGGCGCCGCCGCACCUGCUGCUGCUGCUGCUCGGCAUGCUGGGAACUCUGGUCAACGUGGACUGAUCCGGAUCAGAGACGCUUCACACGGACUCAAACUAAAAGAAUGUUUAAAGGUAUUUUACAAGAACCUGAGACCAGGACCUGAGACCAGGACCUGAGACCAGGACCUGAGACCAGGACCUGAGACCCAGAACCUGAGAACAGGACCUGAACCAGAACCUGAGACCAGAACCUGAGACCCAGAACCUGAGACUCGGAACCUGAGACUCGGAACCUGAGAACCAGAACCUGAACCAGAACCUGAGAACCAGGACCUGAGACCAGAACCUGAGAACCAGAACCUGAGAACCAGAACCUGAGAACCAGGACCUGAGACCAGAACCUGAGAACCAGAACCUGAGAACAAGGACCUGAGACCAGAACCUGAGACCAGAACCUGAGAC